AUGUCGCCUAUCUUAGAAUACAAUGGCUGCAGAAUAGAUGAAGGUGCAUGGGAGAGAAAGUUCGACCUGAAGGGCAAGGGUACCGAUCUGAAUGAGCUGUUCCAAGAAGACCACGAGGACUGGACUUCGGAUACCUCCGCAUUGGCUUCGAGGCCUUGUUGCAGAGAACUUUGGCGUCACCUGCUAUUAAAUGGGGUGCUAAUCAAGCCUGCUGCCAAUGGCAUUCUACACCAGAAAGUACUCAUAGACGUCUUGAUGAACCUGGAUCCUAUCAAAUGGACUCUAGUACUAGAUAUCCACGAAGAACCCUCGAUGAAGAAGAUCGAGAAGGAGAAAAACGAUAAGGACAAUGUGGUUACUCAAACACCCCCUCCCCUUGAUCCUAAUGGCUACAUCAGCCGAUGGAAUCCCCCAAAUCCCUCCGGUGGUGCUGCAGGACUUUACGCUCCACUCGGAGGUAAUAAUGGAGGCAAUAAUGGUGGCAAUGGCCCUGCUGGCACUUUUGGCCCUCCCCCAGGACCGCCUCCCAACGCCCCCCCCCCCUCCCUCGUGGUGGUGGUGGUAGUGGCGGUGGCCCAACUGAACCCCCUCCUGGAACCCUUACUGCCCCCUCCUCCCCUUGUGUGGCAGCAAGUGUCCAGUCUAAAAGAGGUAACAGCAAGCUUCUGA